GCAAGCUCAUGUUUCGCACUAUAUGCUUCCCCCCUCUCUCUCUCUCUCUCUCUCUCUGUGUCUUUCUCUGCACCUUGAUUUAUUCCCUUGGUUUUCUAUUCGCUCUAGGGUUUGAAGUCAAGCUAGAUAGAUAGCUGCUAGCUGCUAGUUGUGAGAUAUACCUCUCACCGGCCACUUCUUUAAUCGCCCAUAAAAUAAUCGCCACUGUUUUUAAUUUGCAUAGUGAUCGAUCAUACUUUUAUUGUUCUUUGUAUGUAUUAUGGCUGGUUUAGACUUAGGAUCAGCCUCUCGUUUUGUCCAGCACCUCCAGAGGCCCGAUCUCCACCUCCAGCCGGACUCCGAUGACAACAACACCCACAACCAGUUUUCCGGUGAGAACGACGAUGGCGCCUCCCUCCAGGGGGCCCUCGACCCGGCCACCGCCACCUCCAACCCGGGCGACUUCGGGGGUCGCCGCCCCAGAGGCCGCCCGGCCGGCUCCAAGAACAAGCCCAAGCCGCCGGUGAUCAUCACCCGAGAGAGCGCCAACACUCUCCGGGCUCACAUCUUGGAGAUUGGCAGCGGCUGCGACGUCUUCGAAUCCGUCGCCACCUAUGCGAGGAAGCGGCAAAGAGGGAUUUGCGUGCUCAGCGGCAGCGGCACCGUGACCAACGUGACGCUCCGGCAGCCGGCGGGGGCCGGAGCCAUCGUGACGCUGCAAGGGCGGUUCGAGAUACUGUCGCUUUCCGGCUCGUUUCUGCCUCCGCCGGCGCCGCCGGGCGCCACCAGCCUUACAAUAUUCUUGGCCGGCGGGCAAGGCCAGGUUGUUGGAGGGAAUGUUGUUGGCGCUUUGAUUGCCUCCGGACCGGUUAUAGUCAUUGCAACUUCGUUUACUAAUGUGGCCUAUGAGAGGCUGCCCUUGGAUGAAGAUGAGGCAGUUCAGAUUCAAACUUCCGGCGAAGGUGGUGGCGGAGGGCUGAGCGGCCCUUUUCCUGACCAGUCUUUGGGGCUGCCCUUUCUGAAUCUGCCAAAUUCUCAGCUGCCGGUGGACGGCUGGGCAGUGAACACAGGCGGCCGGCCGCCUUUCUGACCCUGUCAAGACACAAAGGUCAGACCGUCCUUAUACCCCCAUCUUCUACUCUGUAGGUGUGCACUGAGUAAACAUCUUCGCGAUGCAUCACCUGUAAUCAUGUGUUUGUACAAUUAGUUCUUCAUUCUUCCCUCGACGUGAAUCUUGAUUUCUCUUUGAUUUGUGAAAAAUCCUCCUCUUAUUGCUCUUUAUUUGAACUUAAUUAGAACUCUUGUUAAUGGCUUGAGGCUUUAGUCUAUGGAAACAACCCUUUGAUCAUCACUACUUUCGUUUUUGCAA